AUGGACAUCAAUGGCGUUGUCGUUCGACGAAUCCUGGUAGACACCGGAAGCAGCGUCAAUGUGCUGUACCUAGAAACCUUCAUCAAAAUGGGAAUGACUUGGGAACAGCUGAGUCCUGUCAAAACUCCCCUCACCGGUUUCACAGGGGACUCGGUGGAGGCGGAAGGAUCGAUCACACUUCCAGUUGAGAUCGGCAGUUGCUUAGACGUACAGAGACUCAGCAUGAAGUUCAUUGUGGUGAAUCUGGCCUGCACGGUGCGCUGUGACCGUAAGGUCGCCCGCGACUGCUACCUACAGGCAUGUAAGGGGAUGAGCAAACGCGAGAUACAGGUCCAUGAGAUCGCAGAGAGGCCCCCAAAAAGGACGAUAAUACCACGUCCGGAGCCUGCCGUCGAGUUGGAAGAAGUCGAGAUCGACUCCACGCAGCCGGACCGACGAGUCCGAAUUGGAGUCGGCCUCCCCGAGGAAGUAAAGGAAGAAAUUAUAAAGGCGGGCGAGCCCUUGUUUCUGUACUUAGCCGCCUCUUGCAAGGCGGUGAGUUCGGUGUUGGUCCGAGAGGAAGAGCGAGUCCGGCACCCGGUUUACUACGUAAGCCGGUCUCUGAAGGCUGCCGAGUCAAGGUAUACCGCCUUGGAAAAAAUUGUAUACGCGUUGGUGAUUACCGUGCGCAAGUUGGCGCCCUACUUCCAAGCCCACACCAUCCGAGUACUAACAGACCAACCUCUCGGAAGUGUUUUGCGAAACCCAUCGUCGUCCGGCCGCCUGGUAAAAUGGGCCGUAGAACUAACCCAAUACGGGAUUGAAUACCAGCCCCGGCCUUCCAUAAAGGGUCAGGCCUUGGCCGAUUUCUUGGUCGAAUGCACCGCGAGUGAGGAAGAAAAGGAACGCGCCGUGGAGAGCUGCCUAGGCGAAUGGUGGGAAAUGCAUGCGGACGGAGCAUCAAGUCGACAGCACUGCGGAGGAGGUGUUGUGCUCAUCACCCCCGAAGGAUUCCGACUGUAUUACGCCCUGAGCUAUCUGUUCCAAGCCUCCAACAACGAGGCCGAGUACGAAGCUGUGUUAAACGGCCUCCGAGUCGCCAGGGCCUUAGGGGUCGAGAGGUUACGAGUCAAGACUGACUCUAAGUUAGUAGUCGGGGAGAUCUCAGGCACAUGCGAGGCAAAGAAUGCCCGGAUGACUCUAUAUAGAGAACGCGCGGUUGAGAUGCUAAAAGAGUUCGGAGCCUACGAAAUAGAGUAUAUAUCUCGAACGGAUAACAUAGAAGCUGACAUAUUGUCCAAGAUUGCCUUGGAAGGAGUACCGGACCACCUGGUAAAAAUCUGUCAGAAAGAGGAGCUAAGUCGACCAAGCAUCGAAGAAGCACCGCUAAGGGUCCAGCAAGUGACUAGCGAGGAAUGGGACCGAGAGAAAAAUCCCGAGAUGUUCUGGAUAGAGGACAUCCGGCGAUUCAUAGAAAAAGGCGAGUUACCGGAAGACCCGGGAGUCGCCGCGAGGGUUCGACGAAAGGCCCCCUCUUUCCAGAUCGUUGAUGGGCAGUUAUAUAAACGGUCGUUCGGAGGACCUUUGCUAAGAUGUUUGCUCAGGCCCGAGGCCGAGAAAAUAAUAGACGAAGCCCAUAGGGGCAUCUGUGCCGCGCACCAGGGUGCCCACACACUCGCUCGGAAGUUAGUCGUCCAAGGAUAUUAUUGGCCCACCAUGAUGCGAGACUGUAUUGAAUGGAUAUCCAAGUGCGGCGUUUGCCAGGCAUUCGCCAAGAAAGAUACUCGGCCAGCUACUUUUUACACGCCGGUCACCACCGCUAUCCCAUUUGCCAAGUGGGGGAUUGAUUUACUGGGCCCAUUGCCAGUCGCCCCCGGAGGCUUGAAGUUCUGUGUCGUAGCUAUCGACUACUUCACCAAGGUAAUUUGCCGCUUCGGCCUGCCCGAGCACAUCGUUAGCGACAACGGACGACAGUUCGAUUGCCAGGCAUUCACCGACUUCUGCCGCCGACAUGAAAUUCGCCACACUAAGGUGUCGGUAGCAUACCCACAAGCCAAUGGACAAGUCGAGAAUGUGAACCGAACGCUAGUGGAUGGAAUUCGGAAGAAAUUGGAAGACAUUCGAGGGAAUUGGGCGGAUGAGCUUGACCGAGUCCUAUGGGCUUAUCGCACCAUCCAACGACGAGCAACGGGAGAGAGUCCGUUCUCCCUCGCGUAUGGCUUUGAGGCCAAGAGGAAAGCCGCGAGUGCGCGAAUGGCUGAAUACCAACAGGCGGUGAAAAGAUAUCGCGAUCGGCGGAUUCGUCCGCGAGCCUUCCAGGUCGGCGACCUCGUGCUACGGGAUCGACAGGCCAGUCAACCCACAGAAGGGGGUAAGCUUGUGAUCAAGUGGGAGGGACCAUACCGCAUCGCCGAGGUUGUCCAAGCGGGGACCUACAAACUGGAAACCAUGGAGGGCAAGCCCGUGGAUCGAAUUUGGAACGUUAUCCACCUGAAGAAGUUUUAUCAAUAG